UGGCACAGAAUUGUGGAAAGGCAUCAAGACAGCAGUCAAUGAGACAACAGUCUCUGAUGUUCUGCAUGCCAUGGGUGCGGUUCCAUCUGGUUUUAGAGCAUCAACUCUGUGUCACAUGUUUAAUGAAGGCAAAACAUACAGAAUGGCCAGUUUUCUAAUGCCAAAACUAAGCCAGUCCAAUCUUACCUACAGCGAUCUGCUGUUUGAUCCUGCCACAAACAGGAUUCGGCCCAGAUCAACUCGGAUUAACCACCUCAUCACUUUAGUUUCGUGCCAGCAGAUCCCGCCUCCUGGUACAGGUAUAGAGGUGCUUGACCGCCAUGUCAGGAUCUGUUUGUUUGAUGGACAACAUAUUCUCAGCAAUAUCCACUGUGUGAAAGUGGCAUCUGUGGAUAAAUCCGGCCGCAGCUGGAACUUUACCACCAGGGUUCAUGACUUGAUGGACCCUCACAUGCAUGGAGAGUUUUUUGUGAGAACCAACAACACUUCCGAUAACUUAGGUGUAUUGCUUGAACUCUGCAUAUCCUACAAGAGAACA